CAAUAAUCAUCAUUUACCGCACUCCAGGUAAUUUCCUUCGAACCAUCUAAACACGUCCAUGUCUGGUGCGAACCCCUCGUGCUGGGUACGUAUUUCGACACGAGAGAAGGGGGAACGCCAUGGGUCUUGUCGAGUGCCAAUGAUGGAAGGGCGAGGGCGAGAAGUAGCCAGGGAUGCAUUGUCGACCCAAAUGUCAGUGGGAUACUCGUUUACUCUCUCCCACUCAACUCAACGUGAUCGGUGCCACAGUUACGUCAGUGAGUUUGAUGCGGCGCCUCAAUAACCGGAUUUCGCCGAGAGAUUGGCGGUUAGGCCAGACCAAGUGCAGUUCAUCGACAUCGACGAAGAGGCCGCGACAUUAUGGUGAGUAUCCUCCCUUGAUGAUGAUUUCCAGGGCAGAGAGCAUGAAACAUGCCGAUUCUUUGGACUGCAGGAUGUUCAGAGCCAAGGCAAAAGCUCCACCACCAUCAUCAUCCGGCGGAAAGGCUGCUAAGAAGAAGAAGUGGUCGAAGGGAAAGGUCAAGGACAAGGCCCAGCACGCCGUCGUCUGUGACAAAGCUACAUUCGACCGUAUCAUGAAGGAAGCUCCCACCUGGCGUCUCAUCAGCCAGAGUAUUCUCAUUGAGCGGUUGAAGGUCAAUGGAAGUUUGGCACGCGUUGCCAUCAGACAUCUGGAGAAGGAGGGCUUGAUCAAGCGCAUUGUGCACCACUCUGGUCAACUCAUUUACACUCGGCUGACAACCGCAUCAGACUAGAUUACUAGUCUUUAUUCAUUAUGGCCACUCAUGAGCCCAUGUAUCUUGCACCACAACCAAAAUCUAUGCUUUCUGAUUGACACUGAAUGGACCAAAGCUCUAGGCAUAAUGAACAUCUUGCAUUCUCGCCAUUCAUUCGGUAAAAGAAUGAAUUAUAAAAAGAGUACAUGCAAUGAGUGUCAUCUGCGCUAAGCUUACGUCCGUCGAUGUGACAAGAGUCCUCAAUGUAUGGAUCCAGUGAACUCGAAAGCCUCCCGACUCGAAUAGGUUAUCAGUCGUAUUCAUUCUCCUGUUGAUGCUUCUAUGAACAGGCGGUUACAUUUCCCCACACUCUGCGAUAUACACAUAAGACACCUUUCCGAAGCCGUUAAAUCGACUACAUACCAACGAUCUUCACGACCAACUUUGGUCUGUUGUUCUGU